AUGGAAACUCCAAACCACCCCGAAGAUCAAGCUAUUCAUAUGGAAAACACUACAUGGAGCAAUUCCGACAGACAGGUCUGGACCUCUGCCCCUGUUUACCCGAGCAUUGAGUACAGUGGAUCUAUAGAAUUGCGAAGCUCCUGGCCCGACCUCUGUUCAAAGAAAACCUUGCCACCCACGGGAGUAUCGAUAGGGGCCCUGGCUCCAUGGAUCGUCUGGCAACUUUGGUUAGCCCGAAACAAACUGGUGUUUGAAGAUAAGAUUAUAACAAUCGAGGAAGUACUCUCAAAGGCAGUUGCCAGUGCCCGAGAAUGGAUUACCAGCCAGGACCAUCUGACUCAACCUACACGACUCAUAGCUCCCCCGACAAUGCUCCAAGCAGAUUAUGUUUUGCUCAGAACAGAUGCUGCCUGGAAUGAAUCUCUAAAUCUUGCAGGGCUGGGAUGGAUGACAAAGCGACAAGGCAGGGAGUCCUCUUUCUCCUCUAUUGCGCAACAUGUUGCUACACCACUUGCAGCUGAAGGCCUGGCGCUCCGGGAAGCGUUGCUGAAGUGCAGGGACAUGGGACUAUCGAAGAUCAGAUGUGAGUCGGAUUCGGCCAUCCUGAUUAAAGCUAUCAAUGCAAAUUCUCCUCUUGUUGGUUUAUAUGGCAUCUUAGCUGAUAUUAACUCUAUUGCAUCCUCUUUUGAUUCCAUCUCCUUUAACUGGAUCUCACGUGAGAGAAACGGUAAAGCAGAUGGAUUGGCAAAAAAUGUAUUAUCUUCUGAACUCACCGUUAUGGCUGCGCCUAACACUGUUUAG